AUGGCUCGCUUGAGCUUCAUCGUGAGCUGUCUCGCGCUCUUCGUGAGCAUUGUUAGCGCUGCGUCCGCCGUUCUUGACCUGCUUCCCUCCAAUUUUGAUAAAAUCGCCGUCAACUCCGGAAAAUUCACAAUGGUCGAGUUCUUUGCACCCUGGUGUGGUCACUGCAAGAACCUUGCCCCCGUCUAUGAGGAACUCGCGCAGGCGUUUGCGUUCUCCGACAAGAUCCAGAUCGCCAAGGUGGAUGCCGACGAGCACCGUGAUCUAGGAAAGGCAUACAACAUCCAGGGCUUCCCAACAAUCAAAUAUUUCGAUGGCAAGAGCUCUAAGGCCCAAGAGUACGACGGUGGUAGGGACAUUGAGGCCUUGACUGCUUUCGUUACUGAGAAGACCGGUGUUCGCCCCAAGAGCGUUCAAAAGCCAGCUAGCAGCGUUGAGAUGUUGACGGAGUCAACUUUCAAAGACUUUGUUGGUACCGAUAAGAAUGUUUUUGUUGCUUUCACUGCUCCUUGGUGUGGACACUGCAAGAAGCUUGCUCCAACCUGGGAGGACCUUGCCGUCGAUUUCGCUCGCGAUGAGAACGUCGUUAUUGCUAAGGUUGACUGCGAGGCCGAGAACUCCAAGUCCCUUGCUAAGGAAUUCGGAGUCACGGGCUACCCAAGCAUCAAGUUUUUCCCCGCCGGCUCAUCUGAGCCGGUUACAUACCAGGGUGGUCGCUCCGAGGAAGUCUUCGUCAAGUACAUCAACGAGCAAGUCGGAACCCACCGUGUUGUCGGCGGCGGUCUUGACGAGAAGGCCGGCACUAUCCCUACCCUUGACUCGCUCGUUGCCAAGUACGUGCCUACCAAGAGCUUCGUUAAGCUCUCGGAAGAGAUCACGAAGACUGCCAAGAACCUCCAGGAGCAGUAUGUCCAGUACUACAUCCGGGUCACUGAUAAGUUGAAGGAGAGCGAGGGUUACGUCACCAAGGAGAUUGCUCGUUUGGGAAAGAUUCUUUCCAAGGGCGGUCUUGCUCCUGAGAAGGUUGAUGAUUUGACUUCUCGCAGCAACAUUCUCCGUCAAUUUUUGGGAGGUGAGACUGAAGAGACCAAGGACGAACUAUAG